CGCUGCAUACAACGUUUCCCCAGACUUUCGUUGACCACUCUGCACCAGCGGCUGCAUAUACGAUUUCCGCACACGACCACUGAGUGCAGUAUCCGAUCGCUCAAUCAUACAUACAAGUAAACAUAAUACAACUACUCCUGUUCUUAGCGCAGGCUCUUAUUUCGUCCUCGCGUCUCUGUCUGUUUCAUCCGUCGGCCAGUUCCUCGACCUAACCGACUGUGAGACAUCCGUCCUGGCAAUCCAGGGGUUAGCCGCUCGCAUUCCGUCCGAUCGCCCUCCGGCCAACGAUCGCCCUCUCGCACCACGGUCCUGGAACGCUUCAUGCCGCACCGACUCCCGCUCUCCGUGUAGUUCUUCCACUCCAGUUCGGACCGAGAGUACAAACAUCAGCCGGCGGAUCCUAGGAUCAACAGGAGGCAGGCCUUCUCAGUUUGCGCAGAACUAUCCGAGUUUGUGAGGACGACCAUGCCAAGAUGAUGAUCUACGAGCGACCGCUUCACGAUGCCGUCCUAUCGGCGCCUGGCUCUCCACCAAGCAUGACCGCGUCGAAAUCCUCCAAGUCUUCCUCGCUUAGUUCGCUUCCAUCGGAUGAUGGCAGUGUGCUCGCCGAUGUGAACCACUUCGAAGACAUUGGACUCGACGAUGCGCAGGUCGGCCCUCGCACCCUGUCCGACCAGCACCUCAAGUCAGCCCCAAACCCUUAUCACCCAUCAUUCUCCUCUGAAUUUCGGGCUGUCACGAAAAGACAAGUGUCGUCCUCGACUCCUCGACUACAAUACUCGCGUGACGCUUCGAAGACUCGCCAGCCAUCUGAUUCAUCUACCCGUCCCAAGUUACGACCGACUCUGCCAAUCCUGCAGAGCCAGAUACGAACCACCAAUGGGCGAAUUGCCAGCCUCGGGCUCCUCCCAGAGCCGUACACUAGUCCUCUUCCGUUCCGUGGCCCUAGCCGCCGGUCCUCGCAUACAUCUAUGCGGCAACGGAGUCCUAGCCCUAGCGUAUCGCUAUCUGCGAAAGAUCCGAACGCCGCAAUGAGGACGCGGCGGAGUAGCUGGCAGUCGAACCGAGAGCGAAAGACGGCGCUUGAGCUGGAGCUGGAAUGCGAUGAAGAUGACGGAGACGAGAUUCCCGAAGGGCUGGUCCUGGAUAACGUACCUCUUUCCCCACGACCGCCAUCGGAACGGUUCCAAAGCCGACCGCCAUCCAAAGCGCCAUCUCCGGAGCGCCCACCCAAGGAGAGGGUGCGGAGUGUCGGCAAUGGUACACCCCCCGUGGCCCUGGCCCAGGGAUCGCUCCGCUCGCCAACUUGGAAAUCGGAGUCGGCAAUCAGCUCUGCCUCUUCCAGCCGGGUGUCUAGCCCGACAUGCUCGAGGGCCCAGAGCUGGUCUGCUGCAUUGGCACACUUGAACGCCGAGGCAAAGGCGCUCACCGAGAAGCUGGAGGAACACGCCGAGGAGAUGGAGCACAAGGUCCAACAACGCUCCAGCACCGGCUCAAUGCCCAACGCUAGGAGGUCUUCGGAUCCUGAAUCCAAGCCUAGAGUGAAAUCAGCCCUGGCAGAGCUGCCGCCCUUGCGCCGGUCAAACAUUAUGAUCGAUCCCUUGCCCAUCUCAAAGGAGAAGGAGGCUGUUCUCUCGCGGACGCGGCCGUCAUGGCUGCCACCGAAGGAUCCUGCCGAGGAGCGCCGCCACUUGAAGGAGUAUCAGAAGAUGAUGGCGCAGAGCAUCGAAGCCGAGCGUCGUCGCCAGGCCGCCAAACGCGCCCGGUCCGAAUGCCGCGACGUUGCCGCCGACAGCAUAAUGCAGAUCUGGGAGCACGACAUUCUUACCCGCUGGAACGAUGCGAUCCGCGAGCGCAGGACAAGGGACAUGUGGUGGCGAGGGAUUGCCCCACGGAGUCGGGGGGCUGUUUGGUCCCGCGCGAUCGGGAACGAUCUCGGACUCACCAAGACGUCGUUCGAGGCUGCACUGAGCCGAGCGCGUGAGGCUGAAACAAACGGAAAAUCAGGACAUGGAAGUGCUCAAGAGAUGCGCGCGGUUUCUUGGUUUGACGCUAUCGGCAAAGAUGUUCGGGAGCGCACAUGGCCCGAUCUACGGAUCUUCCAGCCGGGCGGCCCGCUUCAUCAGAGCUUGCUGGACGUCCUUCGGGCAUAUGCCAUGUACCGAAGCGACAUUGGAUACGUGCCAGGCUGCAAUACCAUUGCAGCCCUCUUGCUCCUUAACCUCCCGACAGCAACCGACGCCUUCAUUGCGCUAGCCAAUGUUUUGAACCGCCCCUUACCCCUUAGCUUUUAUGUCUCGGAUGCGGGCGCGAAGAACUCGGCAUACAACCUGCUCUUACACACUCUAGCGCAGAAAUCCCCAAAUCUGCACGAGCACCUCACCCAUCUGCCCGACCACGACCCCAACCUCUACCUUAGUGAUAUCUUUACCGGCCUCUUCACUCGCCACCUCGCCUUGGACGAGGCCACCCGGUUGUGGGACGUGUUCGUCUUUGAAGGCGACACCCUCCUCAUCCGUGCCGGCGUCGCGCUGCUUCUCCAGAAGGAAAUGGUACUACUGGGCACCAAGUCUGCUGUCGAGGUCCAGGCAAUCCUCGGGACGACCCCGGAAGGAACAAAGACCCCCCGUGUCGUUGGGGGGAACGGGGAGGAAGAACGCUGGAUGCAGGCGGUUAGGGAGGCGGGCAAGGUGUGAUUGAGUCAGGGAUCUGCGCUCCCUUUCCUCUUCCAAUACGCAGCAUACCAUCCCCAGCUGCGGCAAAUCAACGGAUUGCAAUGGUACAUAUUUUAAAGGUAUCUAUAAAGAGGACAAUAUCUUCCGGGGGCGU